AUGGUGCUGCGCAAAUCGCCCCCACCACGUCUUCAGAACAUCUCCAACAAGCGGACUGCGCGGUCCGAGCCUCGCUCGACCGCUUCCCCCGCGAGCUCUCUUCCUUCACCCGGACAGCUGGCUUGCCUGAAUCGCAUCCCCUCCCAGGACUCAAUAUACUCCCCGGACCUCAAUACGUCGCCCGCGUUCGACCUCAUGCCGCUCGAAGAAGCACAAAAGUCCCCGGUGGGGUCGCCCACCAGCUACGCUCAAAGCCCCUGGCCAGAUGACAUUCAGGAUCACCCGGAUUCUACGCACGACGCAACAACUUCGGAUGGUAGCAGCCACUUGGUUCCGGCGGUCCAGCGGACAGGUCCACAACCAGGGCCGGCAGGCGAUGAAUGGCGGAGGUCUACUCCGAAUACCUCCAACGGGGUGUCUCCGGUGCAGUUGCAGUCGAAUAACCCGUUCCUGAAGCCGCGGACGUCGCAGCUCAGCCAGGGCAUGAGCGAUGAGAGCCGGCGCGAUUCGCAUACCACGUCUAGUAGUGGACCGCUCAGCCAGUGUGCGUUCAGUCCCACACCCUGGAAAUGCCGGACACUAACAUCUUCUGCAGCGGAAGGCUAUAUUCCCAUGACCGCACGACUGUCUCUUUGGGACGAAAACGAGCAAGAGACGUGGACUGACCGUCAAGCUUCCUCUGCGCGAGACCCUGUGUUGCCCGGCGACCAUCAGCACGCUCUAGACAGCCAAUUCCAGGCUCAGCCGGUCAGGCAGUAUUCGGACCCCCAGUCGAUUUACUGUCAAGGGGAAAAAACAAACCCAUAUACCCCACCUGUUGUUGUAACCCCCGACCCAUCCAAUAGAGACCCAUUCGAUGCGCAGCAGACCCAACAACCGCACGCUCCCAGCAAACUCACCUCAGAAGCCGGACUCCAUAUCCCAUCAGCCACAAUCUCCAGUGCAACUACCACAACCUCUCAUGAACUCAUUGAUUUUAAUGACGCGGAUCACGAUCACUUAGGGGUCGAAACAGAGUCUCACUGUGCCGCAUCGUCUGUGUACUCGUCCAAGGGCGGCGACAAGACCAAGGAACGGGAGCUUAUGGACACCCCAGCGCUAGAAAGGGCUUCGUAUUUCUCCAAGGUUAAUACGGAGCUGCAAAAGUUGUCGGCGCAAAGGAAGAGUAUCUCUGCAGCAGAGGCCGCGCGACAGAAAGAGCAAAGGUCUGAGACCUAUGCCAUUCGACACGUCAACUGGAUAGACCGGACGGGCCAACUGCAGGAGUCCUCGGUUCUUGUUCAGAACAAGAACGGGCCAUGCCCCCUGCUUGCAUUGAUCAAUGCUCUAGUGCUGCGUGCCGACCCUAAGAUACCAACGCCGAUUCUCAAAGCGCUGCAGACCCGCGAGCAAAUCUCGUUGGGGCUGCUGAUCGAAGCAAUGUUCGAGGAAUUGACCAUGUGUUUGAGUCCCGAUGAGGAGUUCCCGGAUAUUGAAGCCCUCGCUCAAUUCUUGACGAUGUUGCACACCGGCAUGAAUGUCAACCCGCGACUGACUUUGGAAUCUGCCGACUCAUUAGGCUCGUUUUUCCAAACCAGCGACCUUCGACUUUAUAGUACAUUUAGGGUGCCUUUGAUCCAUGGCUGGAUUGCCCCAUGGUCUAGCCCGACGCACGAAGCCAUGACUCGGGUCGCUCAAUAUCAUGAGGAUAUCCAGCUCUUGCACUUCCGCAAACAAGAGCUCGAAGAGCGCGUAAUGCGUGAUGAGUCUCUCACGUCAGAAGAAGAGCAGGUUAUGGCGGACAUCCAAACUAUCCUGUCAUUUGUGGACAUCGAAACCGCCACGCAAUUAAGUCCUUUCGGUCUGACACAACUAACCACAAGAUUGGCUCCCGGCUCAGUCUCCAUUCUCUUCCGCAACGACCAUUUCUCUACUCUUUACAAGCACCCAACGUCGCAUCAACUCUACAGUCUGGUCACCGACGCAGGCUACGCAAACCACGCCGAGGUCGUUUGGGAAUCCCUCGUCGAUGUAACCGGUUUCAACGCAAGGUUCCUCUCUGGUGACUUUCGUCCUGUUGGGAACGACCCACCAGCCACCUCCGAUCCUGCCGGCCCACGCACAUCUAGUACAACUGCCAACCGCCCUCCUGCUACGAGUGAAAAUCAGGAAAGGAAGCUAUCUUCCCAGGAGCAGAGCGAUGCAGAUUACGCCUACGCACUCUCUCUCCAGUUUCAAGAGGAAGAACAACGUGAGAAUGCCAGGAACGAUCGCCGUACCUCCAGUCAACCUUCCCCUAGCAUGAACAACCCACCCAACCGAACAUCCAGUGCUGCCCAACCUGCCACUGGCCCUGAUCCGAACGACCCCAACGCCCCUCCUCCUUCAUAUGAACAGGCAGCCAAUGGCCCGGCAUAUUCACCACCACAGCAGAGAUACCAGGAUACACCGUCGAAUCGAAUCCGGCACUCGCAGAGCCACCUCCCCCGCCGAUCACCCGGUACCGUUCCCGUGGGGCAAUAUGAUCGAAAUAGAGAUCGGAACAAAGAUUGCAUCGUUAUGUGA